AGGUUAACACGUCAGCUGCCGAAGGCAGAUAACUUGCCGAGACACGAAUCCAGAGAAGAGCCGAGGAGACGAGCGAAAAGGCCACGUUUUCUUCUCCCCGUCGUCGCGGUGACAGCUUCAUCUAUGGAACCUCUCUUCUUGCCCUCCCUCUGUUCCCCAUGUAACACCUUCCCGACGAUCGCGUUUCCGGCCGCACAACCUUCUUCUUGGCCAGUCGAACCUCCUCGGAACUAAUUUUUUCCUUUCACAUCAAAUCCGUGUCGUUGCGUGUGAAUUCGUUGAGGCAUGAGAGGUGCGAAGUUUCCAUCUUCGCCUCGUCUUAUCGGAUUGUGAUGACAUUGGAUCGUUGGGUCAUUGAGUGGGUGUUUUUCUUUUUUGUUGGAUGUUCUUUAUUUGUUUCGACGGGUAAUGGAGACUUGAUAGGUUUUGAUUUAGCGCGACGGAAGAAUCGGAUGCUUUUGAUAGGUUUUUUGUGUCAUUCUCCACUACGUGAAAUUGGGGUUCUGUCAAUCCGUCGGUCUCUUGCAGUUUGUCUGGAAGCUUUUGCAUACAUCAUGAUCAAGUGCAUAUAUUUAGUUCUCCUUGUUGUUGUUGUUUGGGUUUGUCCGAGGGCCUAGUUUAUGCCGGACUUCGGGUGGGGGUGCAGUAGGGCGGUGGUUGGGGCUUUGUUGAAGCCUUAUGAUGGAAGGUGGUCAUGCAUUUGGAAAGCUUCCCGAUCAUCUCCUUACAGAAAUUUUUGUCCGCGUACCUAUCUGUGAGUGGUCUCAGAUCUCAUGUGUCAACAAACACUGGGCUGAGAUGUUUCGAGGGGAGAGUUUGUGGCAAACUGCUAUCAUCAGGACCUGGCCUUUUGCUGUUCAAAGGGCACGAUGGCCUGGACCCAUUCCUCGUGGUUUUGGUAUAAGGAGAUAUGCUGCAUUAUAUGUCAGUGAACACUUUUUUCCAUCAAAUGGUGAAACUGGUGAACUUUUAGGUAACACUUAUUUGUAUCUGAAAGAGCAGCUGGAGCUUUCGUUAAUGCCUCCUCCAUCUAGCAUACUUCGUGGAACCAUAAUUGAUCAGUUUAUUGCCUGUGGUAGGUCAAGAGACGAGGCCCAUGAGCUAGCCUCAGAGAUUUGGCUAGCAGUCAUCAACAAUCUUGAAGAAAAUAAGCACACGUUUUUGCUGUUAAAACGCUUUGCACAAGAAGGAGAUCUUUUUCUUCCGUUUCCCUACUCAAGAUCUUAUAAGGUGUUGUGGAGGGUGUUCGAGAAGCCGUUCACCGACUUCCGUGAUUGUUUGAGCCGUGCUGAUUUCUAUGAUGUGUUGGCCUGCGCCAAGUCCAUGUUCCAGCCAAUCCCAUCCACUUGGCUGGGAUACUAGCUCUGUAUGUAUUUGUUAGUUGAGUGACUGUUCCUGUAAUUGUUCUUAGAUGGUUCCAGUAAUUGUCUUAGAUUGUGCCAAUACCCCUUAGCUCUAGACCAACUCUGACAACAAGUAUAUGUUCCUUUGGAUAACUUGAUUGUUUGCAGAUUCAUACAUCACAAUUACAUGCACAACUUUUUCCA